AUGUCUCUUGCGCAGAACAGCAACUUAGACUCCAAGCGCAGACGAUUCCAACCGCCUAUUACAACUUUCUUCUCUCCAGCUGUGUCCGACUCGAAUGGAACGGAUGCUGCCUGCAGCCCCCAUCUUUCUCAUAACCACUACGCUGCCGCUACCCAUUCUCCCACCCCCAUUGUCCCCGCCAAAAUCCAGUCCUCUCUCCUCUCCGUCGGCAUGCGCGUCCGCAAAUCAGUCGCUGAAGGUUACAAGACCAAGGGUGUGAAGAUGUUCGAUACACCUACCAGUACCAUCUCUCUCUCCGCAAAGCAUGAACAUUCCACCGGUAGAGGGUUUCCCACCGUCCGCGGGGAACUUGCUCCUUUCUGCGGCCUCUCCAAAUCAUGCGACUAUACCGUGGAACCUCAUUCCAAUACAGUCUAUGAGCUGUCCGAGACAAGGGGAUACAACGUCGACAUCGUCACUGACGAUGGUGAUGCGUUCUCGCUUCCUCCCAGCAGUCAAGAGUCCGUUUACUCGGCCAACAAUGGCCAGAAACGAUCCUAUGACCCCUAUGCGGAUGAAGACGCCAGUGACUUUGAACACAGUGUGUUUGUGACCACAGACACCGUACCCGGCCGUACCAUCCUCUGUCCGAGCCUGGGACGCCAACGGCGCCGUUUCGUUGCUUUACAAAGCCAAGCCAUUCAACAGGGGACUAUGCAAGUCGAUGACUUCGAAGAGCCAGUGUUCCUUCGUAGGCGGGAAGAGGUUGAUGCCGACUACAUGCCUGCUCGAAUGGGGGACUGUGAGGUUAAAAUGGGAGGGGCAUGA